GUUUCAAUUUGCCGCGCAUCAGCGCCCGGCUGGACCGGCUCAUGGGCACCAAUGUGGUCAAGCUGACCGACCGCGCCUACAUGAAGGAGCUGCGCGAACGGAUCGACGAGGAUUACCGCAAGCAGCUGCUGGCCAGGAUUCGAGCGCGUGAGUUAAAAGAGGUGGAGCGUGAGCGCAUGCUGAUUAUCGAGGGAAAAUCUGAUAUAAUACCCGAGGAGCUGGCCGACGAUCCCAUCUUCAUGGUCAACAAAGAUGCCAAUGCAGAGAUACUCAAGGAGCGCUCCAAGCUGAAAACAAGCCGGGAAAAGAACGCGGAACGUCUGAAGGUGCAGGGCGUCAAAUGGGAGCGGGAGAGACUGCAGCAUGCGGCCAAGGAGGCCGAGAUGCUGGCCAAGAAGCACGAGCGCCAGCGCCAACAGAAGCUCCUAGUCGAGCAGUACCGCCUCGAGGAUGCCGAGCGGGGCAUGGACCUAUUACGCAUCGACAACGAGGACUGGCGCGAAUGUGAGCAGAAUCUGAAGGAGUUCCUCGAGAACGAGCGGGCCAAGAUGAAGGAGCGUUCGCUCCGCGUGCCCAUGCCCUUCUCCUCCGAUCCGCAGGACAUACAGAACAUAGUGCGCGCUCGGCAAAAGUUCAGGGAGACGGAGCUGCGCAUCCGGCACCAGCUGGAGGACGAGAAGAAGGAGGUGGCCAUGGUGGCGCCGACCAGCGAAUUGGAGGCCUUCAUCAUGGAGGACAUUGCCGGCGGCAGCAUUGAAAUGCAGCGUGAGACAUCCCAAGAUUUUGGUGACUAUCCGGGCGCCAUACAAAGCAAAUACAUGGACGAUGCCUCCGACGUUUCUGAGGAGUCGAUAAAGAGCGAGAGCCUCAUCAGCUUGACGGUGGCCAAGCAGCAAUACGCCGAGGUGCUCCAGGAGGAGAUGGAGGAUGAGUUCAAUCGCGGCCUGCUCAUAUCCAAGCAGCAAUACGAUCAACUACGCUUCGAGGACGAGAAAAUUGUCGCUCUGCGCAACGCCAAGAACAUACUCGAGCUGUAUCAGUUGGCCGAGCAGAUAAUCAUGGGUGAUUCGAUUGUGGAUGAGCCGGAGGAGCCAGCCGAGGAGGAAGGCCGCUUCGACGAUAUUUUUGACGCCACGGAGGAGGCAUAAAAGAUGCUGUUUUUAAUAAUCGUUGAAUAACAUUUUCUUUCGAUCCAUUCCCGUCAACUCUUUCAACGGGACAAAUUAUUUCCCAUAAAUGGGUUUUACUCCAAUUCUAGACCAAAAUUUCCAAAUUACAUUUGAAACAAAUUACGUGAAAAAUUUUCAAAAUGUCCGUUGAAGGCGCGGGUGAAAGAUUGAAAUUAUAGUUAAUCAAAAAGAAUACAGGGAAUUGGCUGUCAUCCAAUACGAAAUCUCAGUCAGAGUCACAGCGAAAUAUAUUUACCUGUCAAUAAGUGUCAAUGCAUCAAGUUUAAUUAAACCUGUAACAAGUUCAAUAUAAUAAAACCCAUAUACAAAUAAAAAUCCAAUUCUAAUCCCA